AUGGAGAAGCACAAUUUCAUAGCAGUGAGUGAAUUCAUUUUUAUGGGCAUCACAGAGUGUCCUGAGCUGCAAGUUCCAUUAUUUGUGCUGUUCCUCAUUAUCUAUGCGAUUUCAGUGGUGGGCAACUUGGGCAUGAUCAUCUUCACCAAGGUGGACUCCAGGCUACAGACUCCAAUGUACUUUUUUCUCAGACACCUGGCUCUCACUGAUCUUGGUUAUUCUACAGAUGUGGGACCCAAAAUGUUGAAUUUUGUUGUAGAUCAAAACCCAAUCUCAUACUAUGGUUGUGCUACACAGUUAGCUUUCUUUAUUACGUUCAUUGAAUGUGAACUUUUUAUUCUGUCCGCAAUGUCUUAUGACUGCUAUGUGGCCAUCUGUAACCCUCUACGCUAUAAGGUCACCAUGUCACAACAAGUAUGUUGGGUACUGGUGGCAAUACCUUACCUCUUCUGCACAUUUAUGUCUCUUACAGUUACCAUAAAGAUUUUCACUUUACCCUUCUGUGGCUACAAUGUCAUCAGUCAUUUCUACUGUGAGAGUCUCCCCUUGUUAUCUUUGCUUUGCUCAAAUACACAUGAAAUUGAACUCAUAAUUUUGGUCUUCUUAGCCAUUAAUUUGAUUUCCUCUCUUCUGAUCAUUCUUGUAUGCUACCUACUCCUUCUCAUAGCCAUUCUCAGGAUAAACUCAGCUGAAGGCAGGCACAAAGCUUUCUCCACUUGUGGGUCCCAUCUGACAGUGGUCAUAGUCUUCUAUGGGACUUUGAUAUUUAUGUAUGUGCAGCCCAAGUCCAGUCACUCUUCUGACACUGAUAAAGUGGCUUCCAUAUUUUACAUCUUGGUCAUCCCCUUGUUGAAUCCUUUGAUCUACAGCCUGAGGAAUAAAGUUGUAAAAUAUGCCCUUCAGAGGACUUGGAAAAAAAUAUACAAUGUCUUCACUUAA